CACCCCAAAGCGGAAAUACGUAACAGCAGGAUCCGGUGACCGUGUAAGCAUCCAGGGCGGCGGAAUGGAAGAGGUGCCUCAGGGCUGUCCCGGGACCGGCAGCGCCCAGGCGGGCCGAGGGGCCUCAUGUCAGGGAUGCCCCAACCAGCGGCUAUGCGCUUCUGGAGCCGGCGCUACUCCGGACCCGGCCAUAGAGGAAAUCAAAGAGAAAAUGAAGACUGUGAAACAUAAAAUCUUGGUGUUGUCUGGGAAAGGCGGUGUUGGGAAAAGCACAUUCAGCGCGCACCUGGCCCACGGCCUAGCAGAGGAUGAAAACACGCAGGUUGCCCUCCUAGACAUUGAUAUAUGUGGGCCGUCAAUUCCCAAGAUAAUGGGAUUGGAAGGAGAACAGGUUCACCAGAGCGGCUCGGGCUGGUCUCCAGUGUUCCUGGAAGACAACCUGGGUGUGAUGUCCGUGGGCUUCUUGCUCAGCGGCCCCGACGACGCUGUUAUCUGGAGGGGACCAAAGAAACACGGCAUGAUCAAGCAGUUCCUGCGGGACGUGGACUGGGGAGAGGUCGACUACCUCAUCGUGGACACCCCGCCGGGGACGUCGGACGAGCACCUCUCGGCGGUGCAGUACCUGGCCGCGGCCCACAUAGAUGGGGCGGUGAUCAUCACCACCCCUCAGGAGGUGUCCCUCCAGGAUGUGCGGAAGGAAAUCAGCUUCUGCCACAAGGUGAAGCUGCCCAUCAUCGGGGUGGUGGAGAACAUGAGUGGCUUCGUGUGCCCCAAGUGCAAGAAAGAGUCUCAGAUAUUCCCGCCGACGACCGGGGGCGCGGAGGUCAUGUGCCAGAACCUGAAGCUUCCUCUCCUCGGCAAAGUGCCUCUGGAUCCACGCAUAGGUAAGAGUUGCGACAAAGGACAGUCUUUUUUGAUCGAUGCACCAGAUUCCCCAGCUGCGUUAGCCUACAGAAGUAUCAUUCAAAGAAUCCAAGCGUUCUGUAGUCCCCAUCAGCCCAAAGAGAGCCUCGUCGGUUCCUGAGACACAGGACAACACUACGGACGCAAGCUGCGUGUCCAGGCGUCCUGAGCAGCCCAGGGACGGAGUGGGCGUCACAGCGGAAAGGGACCAGGCUCUGCCACGGUGUGAAGUCACUUUUUCAGAUGCUUUAAUUGUAGUUAUUUGUAUGCAUUUCUUUAGAACAUAGGCAAAGGGCAUUCUUUACAGUGUGCCAUUUAAAGAAUAAAACAUCUCCUUCAGAGCUCCUCUCCGAGGCCUGCUUCACAAGAAAACCAACAGCCUGUGCAUCGUGGCACAUUCUCUGUUGGGAGCUUGUUCAGCUGCAGAACUUCGCUCCCGAGCUAUUGCUGCCUUCGGACGUAAGCCUAAAAAAGGAACCGAGCACGAGUGUGUGUCUGCACUGGAGAACGCAGUCAUGGUUUAGGACAGCACAGUCCAAGUGAUGGUUCUUCAGAGGCAGGGAAAAUUAAAACAGUGAGAGCCUCGCACCAGGGCUUGUGCUGAGGUCAGUGCAUGCGAUGCAGCCGAGGGUAGUCAACAACCCUGAGAAGCCCUUAGGUCCCCCGUGUAAACAGGCUUGGGAGUCUGUCUACACCGUCUAGUAGUGUGUACACUACAGUAAAUUUUGUUCACUACAGACAAUAUACAGGGUUCUAAAGAGACAGGAGUAAACCGUAGAAUGAUGCUCACUGCCAUGAGAUGCUCCCGCAGUGCUGCGGGGGAAGUACGCCCCCCUGUCUGCCAUCUCACUCCAGCAGGUGGCAUGCAGGUGGAAGGCUGGGCAAGCCCCCCGGUUCUUUCCCUGCUGUUCUCAUUUCCCUCCCCCACCCCUCAUGCCUGCACAUAUGGUCAAAUUGAUGUGUGUCCAGUGUGAGGAAGGUGGGACCCCUCUAAUGGCAGUGAGGCCACAAAGCCCUGGGAAGGAGGGCCCCAUGCGCAGGUUGCCUUCCGCCAUCCAGGGCACUGGGGAAGCCCACCCAGGCCACAGGUGCAGUGAGCCCCCAGGAGCUGUGCCAUCCAGACCCCCACUUGGAUCCCGCCUCUUACCUAAUGCUUGUGAAUCUCCAGCCCCUCGAGGCCAGGCUUCUGAAAGUCACUUGGGCAGGCCUGCAAGGGGAAAGUCCACUGGCUUUCUGUCCUCACACGUGAGCGGCCUCAUCUGCCGACUCAUGGCCAGAGCAGACCCACGGUGUGUGAACCCCACAGAGCUGGCCACUCAGUGUCUAGGCAGGAAGCGGCAUAUUCAAACUCAAGACAGCUCAUACCCUUUCAGGAUGAGCCCAUCCAGUGUGAAAGAUCCAUUUCUCCCUUCUAGAAAUACAUGCUAGGUUAUAAGCAAAAACGGGGGGUUCUUACUUCUAUAGUUUUAAAAAGUCACCUAAAGCUAACAGUGGCAGUCAGGAAAGGAUGAACACUAAGUCAGCUUCUGUGCAAUCCCCAGAGCAGUUACACUUUUAGGGACAAGAAGUAGUGAUGGCUGCCAGAAGCUGGGCUGGGAACAGGGAGUUCGUGUUUAAUGGGUACAGAGUUCCACUCUGGAAAGAUGAGAGUCCUGGAGAUGGGUGGUGGGGAUGGUUGCCUGACAGCAUGAACAAACUUAACAACACGGAACUCUCGCUUAAAAAUGAGUAAAAUGGUACAUUUUAUGUUGUAUAUAUUUUACCACAAUAAAAAAAAAA